GUUCUCUUCUCUUCCCUCCGGUCUAACACUUGUGGGGAGUAAUAGAGAGCAUGUACGUCUGCCAAGGUUAUCGAAUCAAUAAUUGAGACAGCUGCAGCUUAUAGUUCAUAUUCACGCAGGUACUGAAUUUUGGAGGUUGCCUCGUCGCCCUAGUGAAAUUGAAUUCUUCGAGGAUUUUGUGGCAGAAUUGACGGCACUAUAUACCAACAUGCACCAGUUUCCAACGCAUCAAGAUUUCCAAAAGACCUCAGAUACUGGCCAUUGAGGAGCGAACACGAAGUAUCGACAGGUACUACCGAGUAUCACGAUAGUAAUACUACCUACUGCGCAGGUAUAUUGUAAGUGUUGUGAGGAUGGGAGGUAAAUUUACUCGGUGCUUGAGUGCCCGUCCCGGUAUUCAUCUCCCCGCCAUCCAAAAAGAGAUUAGCUCACCACGUCUCGCAUAGUGGGGCAAUUUGACACGAGCCGCCGCUCCGGAUAUCGCAUGUGAAGUGACAGUACAAGUACUUGUUGUUUUUAUCCCACCAUAACCUCAUCUUCCUCCCAACAACAAUCCCGAUUAGAGACCAUUCACGAUAGAAUAGAUCACCACCUCUCAGAACUCUCCUCCCUCCACCAAAUCCCCAGUCGAUCGCACUUACGAGUGUGAUCACCACCGUCGUCAAGACGUUUUCCAAUCUUCUCAACUCGUAAGCCUCCCUCGCGGCUUCAUCUUGCCUUGCAAUGAUUGCUUGCAUUUGUCUCGACGGUCAAUUCCAUACCAUGCUAACUAUCUUCACUUCCAGCUCGCAUAACACGUUCGCAGGAGCCCGUUGCUCUUCUCCAGGUGGAGUAUCGGACUCUCCCAUAACCAAGUAAUCGAUUAUUCUCAACAUCGAUUUACCAAUACUGCCUCCCCCCACCCUCUGACAAUAUGGCUCCCCACGCGGAAGUCGAAAUGGGCUCCUCGAACGGACAUGCUACAACCACUACCUUCCUCUCCCCCCUCCCAAGGAACCUCUUUACGGUCAACUCGCCCAACGUGGUCUACACCGAAAGUGAGAUCAACACCAAGUACACAUACCGCACCACUUUGGUCAAUGAAGUCGCCGAUGGCAAAUUCGAGGCGGUUCCCAAGGAAACGGUCUACGACUUCAAGGUUGAACGCAAAGUCCCCAAGACUGGCAUGAUGCUGGUCGGAUGGGGCGGAAACAAUGGCACCACUGUUACUGCCGGUAUCAUUGCCAAUCGUCGUGGUCUCACUUGGGACACUCGCGAAGGACCUCGUGCGGCCAAUUAUUAUGGCUCUGUUGUUAUGGGAUCUACCAUGAAGCUAGGAACAAAUGCGAAAACUGCCAAGGAUGUUAAUAUUCCCUUUCACGAUGUCCUCCCUAUGGUCCACCCGAACGAUCUUGCCAUUGGUGGUUGGGAUAUCAGCGGUAUGAACUUAGCUGCGGCUAUGGAUAGAGCUGCUGUCCUUGAGCCAACUUUGAAAGCUCGGGUCAAGAAGGAGAUGGUCGAAAUGGUUCCACUUCCCAGCAUCUACUAUCCAGAUUUCAUUGCUGCCAACCAAGAAGACCGUGCCGAUAAUCUCAUCCAAGGUAGCAAAGCUUCUCUUGCCCAUGUCGACCAAAUCCGCCAGGAUAUUCGGUAAAUAUAUCUUAUUUAACACUCUUGUUUGCUAUACUGACCUAAUAUUUAGUGAUUUCAAGGCCAAGCAUGGCUUGGACAAAGUCAUUGUUCAAUGGACUGCUAACACUGAGCGUUUUGCUGAGCUCAUUCCCGGAAUAAAUGAUACUGCGGAUAACCUUAUGAAGGCUAUUGAAGACGGCCACGAGGAGGUUGCUCCAUCCACCGUUUUUGCAGUGGCAUCCAUUCUCGAGAACGCCCCCUUCAUUAACGGAUCUCCACAAAACACAUUCGUUCCUGGUGCUAUCGAACUUGCUGAGAAGCACAAUGCCUUCAUCGGAGGUGACGACUUCAAGUCUGGUCAAACCAAGAUGAAGUCCGCCCUCGUCGACUUCUUGAUCAGCGCAGGUAUCAAGCUCACUUCCAUUGCAAGCUACAACCAUCUCGGUAACAACGAUGGUAAGAACCUUAGUUCUCACAAGCAAUUCCGAUCCAAGGAGAUUUCCAAAUCGAAUGUUGUUGAUGACAUGGUCGAGGCAAACUCCGUCCUUUACAAAAAGGGCGAGCACCCAGAUCAUACUGUUGUUAUCAAGUACAUGCCGGCUGUCGGCGACAACAAGCGUGCUUUGGACGAAUAUUACGCCGAAAUUUUCAUGGGCGGUCACCAAACCAUUUCGUAAGUUCAACCGUCUGCGCCGUGAACCUCCCAUCGCUAACAAUGUAGGCUCUUCAAUGUCUGUGAGGACUCUUUGCUGGCCUCACCAUUGAUCAUUGAUCUGGUUCUUAUCGCUGAGAUGAUGACUCGAAUUCAAUGGAAGGCUCAUGCCAUCGACGGUGCCACUACCAAGGAAUUUGGAAACUUUCACAGUGUUCUCAGCAUUCUUAGCUACAUGCUCAAGGCUCCAUUGACUCCUCCAGGAACACCUGUUGUUAAUGCUCUUGCUAAGCAGCGAGGGGCUUUGACCAAUAUCUUCCGUGCCUGCGUAGGUCUUGAGCCGGAGAGCGACAUGACACUCGAACACAAGCUCUUCUGAGUUAAGCUCAUGUCAUGUGCUUUUUGUUAUAACUGCUAGAGAAGCUGAGUUGUAGGGGAUUUACACGAUAAGUUUUUGUUUUAACGGGGUCUACAAGUAGCGAAAAGUGCUACCAUUCAUUCAUUAGACUUAGCUUAUAAUACUAGAGGCGAUUACUCUUCGAAUAA